AAAAUGCUCGAUCGGGAUGUUGAUUGCACUGGACCCGUGUUGAAGCACGCAAGCACUCGAACACUAGGGUGUCAGACCUUGUCCCAUCCUCACACUCAUGUCCUCGCGAUCAUUCCCUCAAUCCAACAGAUUGCAUCGUUAGCUCACACGCUGCAGCACAGCUCGGUGGACUGGGAGUACCACGUGCAGCGCUCGAUCAAGGCUAGCCUGGGCAGUCGCAACGGUACCUAUUGGCCGCGGGGCCGCACUCUCGGAGGAUCGGGUGCCAUCAAUGCGAUGGCAUACAUACGCGGCAAUCGGCGCGAUUACGAUCGCUGGCAGACGCACCUGGGUAACGAUGGCUCAGAGUGGAGCUGGUCCAAGGUACUGGAGCACUUCCGCAAGUCGGAAAAUCUGAAUGUCCCGGAGCUGCUGGUCGAUGGUACACCCUACCACGGUACCGGAGGCUAUCUAAAUGUCGAGAACAUCGAUAACAGCGAUCCACUGUACGGUGUGAUCGAGCAGGCCUCGUCCGAGCUCGGUUAUCCGUGGUUGACCGAUUUUAAUCGCGAUCGGCACAUCGGUUAUGGUCGUGCCCAGUUUACGGUCAUCGGUGCGACACGAUGCAGCCCAGCGAAGGCCUUCCUGACGCCGGCUAAAACCCGUUCGAACCUGCACGUCAUCAAGCAUGCACUCGCCACCAGUAUCGUCAUUGACAAGCAGAAGAACGUUGCCCAGGGAGUCAACUUCAUAGUCGGUCCUCAUGAUCAACCCCUGACCGUGCGCGCUCGGAAGGAAGUGAUCAUGUCAGCGGGAGCAAUCAACACACCGCAACUCCUAAUGCUGUCCGGAAUCGGUCGGAAGGAUGAGCUACAACACUUUGACAUCUCGCUUCGGGCUGAUCUACCAGUCGGUCGUAACCUGCAAGAUCAUGUGGCCAUUUCGUUGUUCUAUAAGUUCAACGCACUCAACGGAACCAUCGUCGAGGAUGCGACGUUUGCACAGGUCGAUUCGUUGUACGAGUUUACGAUGCGCAAUCGUAGCCGGGCCGUACGCUUCAUGGGUGAUCUCGGUGUGAUGGCGUUCUACAAUACGGUCAACGCGACCGAUCCCCAUCCGGACGUGCAGGUGAUGAACAUCGGUGUACCGCGGGGCGGUGGUUACGGUGAGCUGCUUGCGUACAACUUCGAAUACAGCCAACCGAUCGUCGAUUCGAUCCGACAAGCAAACCGUGAGGCGAUCAUGUUGUACUCACACAUCAUUCUGCUGAAACCGAAAUCACGUGGCCGACUGCGGUUGGCCAGUGCCAAUCCCCGGGUACACCCACUGAUUGAUGCCAACUAUCUGGCGCAGGAGGAAGACUUGCGGACGUUGGUUCGUGCCGUACGAACCGAGCAGCGAUUGCUCAAGACGAAUGCAUUCCGGAUGGCAGGAGCGGAGCUAGUGCAGCUGAAUAUACCAGGCUGUGCGCACUUCCAGUAUGAUAGCGAUGAGUACUGGGAGUGCUACGUGCGGUAUAUGACCGUCACCACGUAUCAUCCGGUCGGUACGGCCAAGAUGGGCCAUGGCGAGGAUCCUGAGGCAGUGGUCGAUGCACGAUUGCGCGUCAAGGGUGUCAAGGGAUUGCGAGUAAUUGACGCGAGCAUUAUGCCGGAGAUUGUCAGCGGUAAUACAAACGCACCGACCAUAAUGAUCGCCGAGAUGGGAGCUGAUUUUAUCAAGCAAGAGUACGCUUAACGUAUGUGUGUGUGUGUGUAUGCGUACGAUCAUCCACUAACUUCACACACUAUCUCUCUACUACUAUAUUGGCAAAAGCCCGAAUUGGCAUAACACUGGCAGUGGCUGAAGUAAUCUUCCUUUACCGCCGACCGACGACAUCCUAUCCUAUGUUCCCAUACACUCCUUUGAUUCCAUAACAGUAGCGCCCUAAUCCCUCUGUUAACAAACCGUGGGCACAACGAGUAACCAACUAAACAACGUCG